GUGAACUGUCAACAGUGCUUCCUGCUCUAUCGUUAGCCUCAUGCGACUUCGCACACCGCUGCGUAGAUCUGGCUGAUUGUGAUGCAAUCUGGACAUUUGCACAAAGCAAACAUGCAUUGUGGAGACAGUAAAAUAAUGCAUUCAUUACGUCCAGACAGAUAUGCGGAGCGCAGCAUGAAACCCCAUUGUAAGUGGCUGCUAAGGUCCCCAGUCACCACUUCUUGCGUCACCCAUCGUCAUAACUAACCCAUGACCAAGCAGGCAUUGUUGGGUAGAGUAGAGAAGGGCGUAAUUUGGAACAUAUGAUUUUGUUGACAUUACCAUGCGACAUAUCCCAAAGCUGCCGGAGUUUGAGAAGAGCACCGUCCACAUAAAGGACCCGGAGCGGGUUGAGCAGGUGAUCUGCGACUUGAUCAAGGGUGGAGCCCCUAAGCUGCAGAUUAUCACAGAUUUUGAUAUGACGUUAAGUAAAUUCGCAGUCAAUGGAAAACGCUGCCCAACUUGUCAUAAUAUUAUCGAUAACUGCAAACUUGUCACAGAGGAUUGCCGCAAAAAGUUGCUGCAGCUGAAAGAAACCUACUAUCCCAUUGAGAUAGACCCCCACCUCACUAUUGAGGAGAAGUUUCCAUUCAUGGUCGAAUGGUAUUUUAAAUCCCACACGUUAUUAGUGGAGCAGAGGCUUCAGAAGGACAAACUCCCAGAGGUGGUGAGAGAGUCCGAUGCAUCUCUCAGGGAGGGCUAUGAGCAGUUCUUUGAUCGGCUGCUGCAGCACAACGUGCCCGUGUUCAUCUUCUCGGCUGGCCUGGGCGAUGUGCUGGAGGAGAUCAUUCGCCAGGCUGGGGUCUACCAUGCCAACGUCAAAGUGGUCUCCAACUUCAUGGAUUUUGAUGAGAAUGGAGUCAUCAAAGGCUUCAAAGGCGAGCUCAUCCAUGUGUACAACAAACAUGACGGGGCACUCCGGAACACUGAGUACUUCAAGCAGCUGAAGGACAACUGCAAUAUCAUUUUGAUGGGCGACUCCCUUGGUGACCUGAACAUGGCCGAUGGUGUGCCCAGUGUGGAGAACAUCCUCAAGAUUGGCUUCCUCAAUGACAAGGUGGAGGAGCGUUUGGAGAAGUACAUGGACUCUUAUGAUAUUGUCCUGGUGAAGGAUGAGUCUCUAGAAGUGCCCAAUUCCAUCCUCCAGAGGAUUCUGUGAACGGUCAGCCAUGCAUCCGGGUGGUCAAUUUUUUUUUUUUUUUUUUAAAUGAACCCUUAUCAGUCCGAUCUUCUGAACUCUUUGGCAUGUUUCCAUUGCUCUGGGACAUCAGCUAACACCUCGAUGAAGUCCUCUACCCCCGGCAACCCCAUCUGACCACACCCUGGCUCACCAUCCUCCAUCUUGUCAAGACCUCUGUUAUGUCCACUCUUUGCCCCCUUUCUCCUUUGCUUUCUUUUUAAAGACAACUACAUGAACUGUUUUCUUAAAGUGCUCAACAUCCAUAAGUUGCUGGUCUGUUUGUGUCUCUCUUGUUGUCAUUACUGGACUGAGUACACAAUAGUUGAUCAACACAACACAACACAACACAACAGCCAAACAAAAACCAAAACAUGUCUGUCAAUCAACUUUGUUCAAUUUGCACAUUAUUAUUACUAUUGCUAUUAUCAUUGGUUUUAUUUUUAUAUUGUAAUGUUAUUAUGGGAGUAGAUAUGCAGUAUAUUAAGGGUUGUUUAAGGUGUAGGGAAAUAUCACAGACAGAUCCUGCAUGUGUUUUACCACUAGAAUCUUCUAAUGAUGCAGGAGAGGAGAAGAUGUGCAUUUAAACAACAUGUCAUUGAAUAAGAAAUGGUCAGGUGCACCGCCACAUGCUUUCUGAUCUAUGUUCUCAUGGAUGUUGACGUGUCCUGUGAUGGACAAUAUGCACUCCAGGAUAGUAUCAGAGAAUGUAUGUUACAAAUUCCCUUGAAUGUUUGACAAACAGGCAAAAUGUUGGCAUUGUUCAUUUUCAAUUCAUGCUCAAGAGAUUCAUUCUCUCUUUUUUUUGGCUUUCUUUCUUUCACCUGAUGCAUUUUAUCGGUGUAUGUCUGAUACUUAGAAUGCACACUACCUCCAAGAUGUUCACCUUUGGGGUGGAACAGUGUAACUUUGUUUUUGAUUUGCACUCAUUGUAAAGUCCCUUUUUGAAUUAAGCAUUAGUGUAUGCUGCUACCAAUUGCAUGUUGCCUUUCUUAAAUGCAUAUCAUGUGAGAAGUUUCAAUUGUCAAUAAAAAAAUAUAUAGGAGA